UCCACCGCAGUGCGUUACAGUUCCCUAUGCCUUUGUCUCCCUCUCUCUCCGAGUCUUUCCCCUUGUUUAUGUCGAAAUUUUAAACCCUAGCCCCAAUUUUUCACUCACUAUCUCCAUCUCUGUUUCCAUCACUGUAAUCUCCAUGGAUUUCAGAUUCCGACCUGAAAAUAGAAAUGCUCCGUCUCCUCCAUACUUCUUUCCUCCCAAUUCCCAUAACAUUAAUUAUUUCGCAGAACAAGCAAUGCGAGCUGGUUAUUUCAACAAUGGUAUUAUAAGUAGAGAUUUCUUUAGUGAUUCAAAUCCUGUUAGAGAAGAAGCAAUUCAAAGGGAAAUUGAAAAAAGAAGAAUUCGUGAAGAGAUAAUUGCAGCUGAACUUAUCCGUAGACGUGAAUUAGAAGAUGAAGUUAGAAGAGAAAUGGCUAUGGAGAGACAAUUAGGGUUUCCAUUACUUAAUAAUCAAGUCGUUGAUAAUAAUCUUAAUAAUCAAAUUAUUGAUGCUUCUUCUUCUAGGUUACAGGACAGAUUUUCAAUCUCAUUACAACCUGAAGUUGGAAGCUUUGGCAGGUUACCAUUUCAGAGGCAUCCUGAUGGAGUUAAAAUCACUGAGGUUGCUUAAGCCGGCAAUCCCCAGCAUUACUGGGAUCAAGAGAAAAAUAACCGCGAUUGGAGUUAAUGGGUUUGCUUUAUGUAGUUCGAAGAAGAAACCUCAAAAGGAAUGGAGCUGUGCUCUCUGUGAGGUAAGUGCCACCAGUGAGAAGGCUCUGGACUCCCACCUACAAGGUAGAAAGCACAAGGCCAGAGAACUAGGACUGAUGAGAGCAAAGGGAGCAAUAAGUUUGGAUAUUGAAGGCUCUGGUGUGUCGAAGCACAGUGAUGAACUAGACCUUGCAAAUGCCAGUAGCAGUUCAGUAUUAGGUGACGAGGGAAAAAAGAUUCCAGCGGAGCAGAUGAAUGACAUAGAAUCAGUUCAGAAAGACAAAGCUGCAAAUGAGCAUAAGCAGAGUGACCAUCUCCAAGGUGAGGAAGAUGAAGACGAUGAGGCCGAACUGAAUAUGAAGGGAGUAGAGAACAAGGAUAUUGAGAGCUCCAUUACAUUUGCAGAGAAGCCAAAGAUCGAUAGUAGGUCUAGUCCAAUUGGCGGGAAAGUGCACAUUGAGGGCUCCAUUACAUUGCCGGAGAAGCCAGAGGGGUCAAAGAUUAAUAGCAGGUGCAAUCCAGUUGGUGGGAAAAUGCCAGCGAAAGCUAUGAAGUCAGAGAAUAGUGGGGAAGCAAUACUGCAGAAAAAUCAGAAUCCUGAAGAUGUAAAGAAAUUUUUUAAAUUCUGGUGCGAACAUUGUCAAAUAGGGUGCCGGAGUGCAAUUAAUAUGGCUGUCCAUGAAAAGGGAAAAAAACACAUCGCUCAGAUUCGGACAUUGAAGCAAGAUAAUGAGGAUGUUAAAUUGGACGUUGGGAAAAAUGUGAAGUCAGUAGUAAAGCAAGAAGAUUUCAAGGAAAAGUUCAAAUAUUGGUGUGAACAAUGCCAGGUUGGGUGCAGAACUGAGAAAAUGUUGGUCAGUCAUGAGAAGGGAAAAAAACACAUGGCUCGAUUGCGGGUUGUAGAGCAAGAUGUUCACGCUGUUGAAGCCUCUGAGGCUAAUAUUGGCAAAGCAGAAGCAGUUGAUUUUUUAAAUGAGGAGGCAACAGAAAAUGUUUAUGGGAAAGAGCACACUCCAGCCACCACCACAACCAUCGCUGCAAUUACUGAUGCUACUGUUGAAAUGUCAAAUGAGAUAGUGAUGAACAAUAUUGAUGGGGAAGUUGAUGAAAACAGAGAGCCUUUAGCCACCACCACAACCAUCACAGCCAUUACUGCUGCUACUAGUGAAAUCCCAGACGACGAAGUGAUGAUAAAUGUUGGUGGGGAAGUAAAUGAACAAGAGGCUUUAGCCGACGCCACAACCAUGACACCUGUUACUGAUGCUACUGGUGAAACGUCAAAUGAGGAAGUGAAGGAACAAGAGAUUCUUGCCGGCAUCAGAAAUACCACCACAACCAUCACCUCCAUUACUGCUGCUACUAGUGAAAUGCCGGACGAGGAAGUGAUGGAAAACAUCGGCGGGCAAGUAGAUGAACAAGCCGAUGCCACAACCAUGACACCUGUUACUGAUGCUACUGGUGAAACGUCAAGUGAGGAAGUUAAGGAAAGAGUUGGUGGAGAAGUGAAGGAAGCUGACAUCAGAACUAUGCCUUCCAUUGCUGAUGCUACAUGUGAAAUGUUAAAUGAGGAAUUGAUGGAAAUUGUCGGAGGAAAGGUAAAUAACGAGGAGGCAUUCAGUACCACCACCAUCAUUACUGAUGCUAUUGUUGAAGUGGCAAAUGAUGAAGGGAUGAACUUUCUUCCUCUGGAAGUAAAUGGAGAAGGGGAAAAUUUUAAAUUGAAUGCAAGCGAAGAAGACAUGACAGAAGCCGACGGAAAGUGAGUUUGCCUUUCAUGUGUGAAUACAUUUUGUUCUGGGUAGGUGAAGUCCUCGAAAAGAUAAUCAAUUGAGGGCAAUUCAAUGCAGAUACUCUUUUAAGUGAUGAAAAAUUUCUAAUCCAAUACACUGCAGUAUUUCUAAUUGAUAAUUCUCUUAAACCUGUGAGGUGUUCAAGUUGACUGGGAAGAGAGUUUCCCUUGAGCCCUGCAGAUAGUUGUAAGCUACGAAGGGAAAUGAGGUGUUGGAUAUCUUCUGCUUCUUCAUCUGCUUCUGCUGGUAGUGGUACUAGUAAUGAGGAAGAGGAACAGGAAGAGACCUCAGGUAAAUCGCUAGCAACAUAUUGUGACUAAAAAGCUCCAGCUCUAGUUCCUCAACAUUGGGAAGGUGUUGGAGAUGUUUUAACGGUUUCCAUCCUCUUUAACACAUUUGUGCUCCACUCACUGAAUAUUGUCGGUAGGCUUUAAAGAGAAGUAAGUCUUUUUAAACCUCUUGGUCCAAAGAUUACUGGAAAUACAAGAUGUUUCAAAUUCGUUCAA